AUGUUGAAGCCAAAAGCACUGACCGAGGUGCUGGGACAGGUUAAUACGCCGAAUACCAGUGGAGGCGCUCUUCUGCUGAAUAAUGAAGGAUUGCUUCUAGCUUGUCACGGCUACGAAUGCUCGGGCGACAGAGACAAUAAUGCAGCGGUAUCGGCUGCUCUCAUUUCAAAUAUUUGGGAAACUUUCGAGCGACAAGGUUGGUGGAGCAGACGAGUUAUUUUUGCAUAA